AUGAACGUCGCCCACGCCGGAGAUCAGAGGAACGUCCCUGAGAGCGAGCAGGAGCAGCCUGAGCGCUUCCACGAGGGCAAGGAGCACGCGCACAACCAGCUUGACUCCAAGGACGAGCGUACCAUUGCCAACAAGCUGGCAGCUGAGGAGCAGAAGGACGGCAAUGAUGAUAGCGAGGAGACAAGGCUGCACAAGAUCGACCCGACCCUGCCCGCCAAGGCGCACGGCAACGAGCCCUCCAGGGGCGCCAAGAUUGACGCCCAGAUCGAGGCAGAGGAGCAGGCUGAGCUGGAGCGCAAGGGCAAGGCCUAA